GGAGCAGGUUUAUUCAUGAAAUUCUUCCGCAUCACGCGCUUAUUCAAGUUAACAUACACCGCCGUUUUGAGGACGGGAGUAUUUCCGUGCAGCGUGUGGUCGAACGCCUCCAGGAUGCGUUGAGAUCGCGGACCGCAGCGGCAGCUCCGGUCCACUCGGAUCGACUCCGCACCAGCAGGAUGCUGCAGAUCGGAGACGAGCUGCUGUGUUUCUCAGCAGCGUUUCUGCUGGUUGUUUUCGUGACGAGGAGCCCGUCCGGAGCGACCCUCGUCACCGGGCUGCUUUAUGUCUUUAUGCUCAUGUUCCGCUUCUCUCCGGUUCCCACCGAGCAGGCCGCGCUCGUCCUCCGGCCCAGAGCGCGUGCCGGCGGCGUGCCGGUGGUGGCUCACCGCGGGGGGAGUCACGAUGCUCCGGAGAACACGCUGGCUGCCAUCAGAGAGGCCAGCAGGAACGGAGCCACCGCAGUGGAACUGGACCUGAGCUUCACAGCCGACGGCGUUCCGGUUCUGAUGCACGACGACUCGGUGGACCGGACCACGAACGGUUCGGGACUAGUCCAAGAGAUGAAGUACUCUCAGCUGAAGAGACUCAACGCGGCGGCGCACCACAGACUGAAACAGAGGUUUGGCGUGGAAAAAGUCCCGACUCUGCAGGAGGCGGUGGUGGAGUGCGUCCGACACCACCUGACCAUCAUCUUCGAUGUCAAAGGUCAACCUGAUAAGGCGGCCAGAUCACUCCAUCACAUCUACACCAAGUUUCCCAGCUUGUACAACUCCAGCCUGGUCAGCUCCUUCGAACCUAAAGUCAUCUACAAGAUGCGUCAGACCGACCCCAGCGUGGUCACCGCUCUGACCCACCGGCCCUGGAGGCUGAGCCGCUUCAACGACGGCACUCCUCGCUCGCGGUCCUCCUGGGUCCAGCUCUGGAUGGCGCUGUUGGACGUCCUCCUGGACUGGGCUCACCACCACAUCCUGUGGAGACUCUGUGGCGUGUCGGCGGUCCUGGUCCAGAAGGACUUCAUCUCUCAGGACUACGUGGAGUACUGGUCCGACCGCGGCGUGGAGGUUCUGGGCUGGACGGUCAACUCUGCUGUGGAGAAGAGCUACUACCAGAACCAGCUGAAGAUCGGCUUCAUCACCGACAGCCUGGUGGAGGAUUGUGACCCACAGUACUGACAGACUGGACCACGACAGACUGACAACACAGAGGUGCAUGUGACUCCUCCUUUCAGCUCUGUUCAACCUCAUGACAGAAACACAUGCAAUACAAUGGUGGUGCUAGCAGGGGCGACGGUAACUCACUGUUGAGUAAAGCAAUUGUACCUAAGAAAAAAACUAUAUGAUUAUUCAAAGACAAACUCAUAAGAGAAUAUAAAUAUUCUAUUGCUGCUGUAAUAUACCUCGCUUUGACCUGGAAUUGUGACGCUAUAACCUUAAAACAUUGAAAUAUGAAGGAUAAGAAUUAUUUAAAAAAAGAUAUUUUUGAGUUGAAUAUCAAGUUUUUGUUUAAUAUCUGUAAACUUUAAACACCAUUAUAUUUCUUUAUGAACAUUAUAUAUAUAUUAUUAUACAUAUUUAAAAAGUUAACUCUGGAACGUUAAAGAAAUGUAUCAUAUAAUGUGAUAUAAAAUAUUUUUUAAAUAAGACAGAAGACAAUUUUCAUUUAUGUGUGUGCAUGCUUCACUAUCUUAUUUGUCUUCAGCUUCGAUUAAUAACAGUAAAUAAUCUGAAUGCAAUUUUUACAAUUUAUUCUAAUUUAUAAUAUGUAUUCUAGUAAUGAAGUAUUAUUGUAGUUUCUUAUCAUUACAGGCUGGACAAGUAAUUAGAAUAUUAAAUACUUGACACAGUUUUAUCCAGAAUAAAUAAACAUGAAGGGAAAAAAUAUUUUCACAGAUCUCAAAUAUCAAAAUAUAUUAAAUAUUUUAUUUAAAUAAGUUUAUUUUAGUGGCUGAAUAUAGUGUUUUUUCUUUUUAUUGCAUUUAAACUGCAUUCGAUCCAUUUGUUGUUUUUUGUUUGGCUGUAAUGUUUGCAAAACUAGAACAUAAUCUCAGUUGCUUCUUUAUCUUCGAUAAACACGUUUACCCAACAAAUAACAGGAGGAUCAUGUGCUUGAUCAGGCUGCAAACAGAGUGUGUUUCAUUUGUGUGUCGAGUACAAACACAAACGCUGGCGGUGCGCGUCUGGCCUUUAAGGUUGUACUGGUCAGAGUGUAAUCCUUUGGUUUUGGUUGUGUAAAGUUAUUACCUGGCUGCUACUUUCACUGGACAGAAUCAGACACGGUUUACUGCCUCCGAGUUAAACAUUAGAGGUGUGGGAGGGCGGAAUUGCUGCUGCGAACAAGAUGUAUGUCAAGGAAAUGCUG